GUCUAUUGUGCGAUUUGUUGUGGUCUGAUCCUGAUAAGGAUAUUACUGGUUGGAGCGAAAAUGAUCGCGGCGUAUCGUUCACAUUUGGUCCUGACGUUGUCAGCCGGUUUUUACAAAAGCAUGAUAUGGAUUUGAUAUGUCGGGCGCAUCAGGUGGUAGAAGAUGGCUACGAAUUUUUUGCCAAAAGACAGCUCGUUACUUUGUUCUCUGCACCGAACUACUGCGGUGAAUUUGACAAUGCUGGCGCGAUGAUGAGUGUAGACGAGACCCUUAUGUGUUCGUUUCAGAUCCUCAAACCAGCGGAGAAGAAAAAAUACUAUGGCGGUGGUGGCAUGCAAGGACGACAGAUGAACAACAACAACAACGGCAAUUCACAACGUAAAAAAAAGGGUAAUAAUAAGGAAAUGGCCAAG